UGAUGUACUGUGAACUGAGGACUCAGUAAAGGACGUGAGUAAGCUGGUGUUUCUCUGUCCGGCGGUGCCCGCCAUUACCCCCCAUUGUGUGCCUCGUGUUGAUAUGCUCCUGUGUGCUCCGGACCUUGACAACGAAGCUGACGCAGCCAGUCAAAGCGGACAACCAUGGGUGAGAAGGUAACAGUAGUGUCAGGAGUGGGAUUUAGUGUCCGGUGUUUUACCGUGCUUGUGGUUGCUUGUGACUGGUUAGCGUGAUGGAGCAUGCUGAGGCUAAUGGCGGUGGUGGUGAGGCUGAGCCGGGUGAGAGGAAGCCCGACCAGCUCGAGCUGAUAACGUCUAUGCUGGCGUCUAUGAGGGCAGAACAGUCAGAACAGGCAAGGUGGCAAGCGGAACACACACAGCAGUUGAUGAAGGUGCUGCAGUCUAGCCUGGGCUCCUUGAGGGCGGAGGCGCAGGAUUACACCAAUCGUUCCUGCGAAAGUGUGCGAAGUGAACUGGAUGGCGGGGUGCCCGUGGUCCGACAAGGGGUGUUUCGGAAGCCCUGGGAGUGUCAGUUCUGCCCCUCCUGAUGCCGUGGGCGGAAACUGGGGCAUUGUUGGAGCAGCGGGCCCGUGGAGGGUUCCUGGGGGCCCGCCAGCGGCCUCGCGGCCUCUGGGAAACGCUGGUUUGUUGGCGUCAAGUUUCCCACCAUCUUCCCUCGCUUCCUCGUCCGGCAUGGCGCGCGUGCUGUCUUUGUCACCUCCACCCUCACCGCCUCGCUCGCCUUUACCCCGCUUCAAGUCUCGCAAGCCUGCCGAGUACGAAGGUAAGGUAGCCUGGGAGUCCUAUGCUGCCCAGUUUGAUCUGCUGGCGGCUGCACAGGGCUGGGACCAGACUGAGAAGGCCAUGCAGCUGGCCACAGCUCUCAGGGGUCCAGCUAUCGAGGUUUUUGGCCACCUCCCGCCAACGCAGCGUGCCUCCUUCCCUGACAUUGCUGAGGCACUGCGUCGUCGCUUCGGGCACCGCCACCAGGCUGAGGUGUAUCGUGCCCAGCUGAAGAAGAGGACGAGGCAGAGGGGCGAGACGCUGUCCCAGCUGGCCCACGACGUAGAGGCACUGGUGAGAAGGGCGUACCCAACGGCCGGUGAGGAAAUGGUCACCGUGUUGGCGCGUGAUGCCUUCCUGGAUGCCUUGGUGGACCACCAGCUGCAGAUUUAUGUGAGGCAGGCACACCCAGCUGACGUGCAAGUGGCUUUGGCUCGUGCAAUGGAGUUUGAGGCCUUCAUGCAGACCGCGAGCUCCCUGUCUACCUUCGCUCGGCCCCGCAGUGACGUGAGAGGACGCAAGGCUCAAGUGAAGAGGGGGCCAGCGUCACGUGCGGCGAGCCCGGGAGCGUUCGGCGGGCGGUGCUGGCGGUGCGGUGAGAAGGGGCACGUGAGGGCCCGGUGCCCGAGGGAGCGAAGGGCGCUCUCGACCGGCCUGAUCGUGUCGCCUUUCAGCCCUGCUGCGAGGACUGCGGCGGGGCUGGACACCGCUCCAGCGCUUGCCCCAGCCCGAAGGAGGUAG